GGUGUGACCAUGUCCGAAACUGCGCCCGCUGUUGCAGUGACAGCAGCUGUUGCAGCUCCUGUUCCAGCUUCAAAAGCUCCAGCUAAAAAGCCGAAGAAGGCGGCUGGAGGAGCCAAAGCCCGGAAGGCCGCGGGUCCCAGCGUGACCGAGCUGAUCACCAAGGCGGUGUCCGCUUCCAAGGAGCGCAAAGGGGUCUCGUUGGCCGCUCUUAAGAAGUCUCUGGCAGCCGGAGGCUACGAUGUGGAGAAGAACAACAGCCGCAUCAAGCUGGGGCUCAAGAGUCUGGUGAACAAGGGCACUUUAGUUCAUACUAAGGGUAUCGGUGCCUCGGGCUCUUUUAAGCUCAGCAAAAAGCCUGGCGAGACCAAGGAAAAGGCGCCGAAGAAAAAGCCAGCGGCAAAGCCUAAGAAACCAGCUGCCAAGAAGCCCGCCAGCGCCGCCAAGAAACCCAAAAAGGCUGCGGCCGUGAAAAAGAGCCCGAAAAAAGCCAAGAAACCAGCUGCAGCGGCCAGAAAAACGGCCAAGAGCCCGAAAAAGGUGAAAGCCGCCAAGCCUAAGAAGGCAGCCAAGAGCCCGGCUAAGGCGAAAGCGGUGAAGCCCAAGGCUGUCAAGCCCAAGCCGACGAAACCCAAAACAGUGAAGGCUAAGAGGGCCGCUCCUAAGAAGAAGUGAAAUGACGUGAGAUACUUACUAUAAAAAACCCAACGGCUCUUUUAAGAGCCACCCAUCCUUUCCCAAAAGGAGCUGAAACACUAGAUUCACUUCUUAAUGUCACGGUGCCUUUUCAACGAAAGGCAGGCGGCAUUCGGCUAGCCACAAGACCCACAGUAAAGGGGGGUGGGGGCAAAUAAAAUUUAUGUUUGUGCAUCAUUAGGAAGGAACAUGAAACAGCCCCUGGAGAUGGUCGUUCCUUAUAUUGUACCUUACUGUAAUUUUACCACCCGUGCUAUAAAUCAACAAGGGGGGGGGGAUUUUAAAUCUAUGCUGUUAUAUAUAUUUUUUGAAAGUAUAAAGAAAAUGACCUGGAACUUGGAAGAUGCAAUUACAAGCAAACUAAAGCAGCCCUAUGUUGGAGCCGAGCAUCUUUUCUAUAGAUUGUGCUGUUAGGGGAGUGAGCACUAGGGAAGGCAGGAGUUUGUUUAUGAAAAGAUAUUUAUGGUCAUUACUCCUGUAUCAGCUGCAGUCUCUUUGUCGGAGGGGGAGGGCUAGAGAACAGGGUGUGAUAGGAAACGGCGAUUUAUAAACAAAAGUUCACUUUCUGCCCUCUUUGAGAGCGGAUUUAAACCAGUUGUAUUUUAAAAAUCCCACUCUGUGCUAGGAUUGGCCAGUAACGACUUUUUUUUUUUCUUAAGGGGGAUUCAGUGUUACAUAGACUUUCCUUCGCCUAUUCGGGGUGGGUGAUCUUGAGAAAUCGACAGAUAAAAAUCCCUGGGAGGUAAUUUGGUUUCCAGUCAGAUUCAUCGGUUGUUUAUAUAUUUAUAUUGUUUCGCAACGGCAAAAAUAACCUGUAAAGGAAGAUGUGUGUGUGUACACAAUUUCUUAUUUUGUUAAUCCAAAACAACUCUGGUAAAUAUCCUAAUGCACUUUCUAAAGGGUGCUGUUAAUUAUUGCUGCGAAAGAUCAGAAAGGGAUGGAUAAGUUAUUUUGCAUUAGCAUGUUUUCACUAGACUCAGAGAAGGGACACAAGAAGCGAGACU